AUGAUUUUUUUCUCUAAUAUAGUUCCAGAUGAAUGUACAAAUGAUGCGUUUGGUCUUGAACAUUUUGCACGUGUUUUCAAUGAGCGUUAUGGUUCAACAGGUCCUAUUCUCUAUAUCGGUCCAUUAGAUCAAGCAAUACAAGAUUCACUUUAUUCAUCAAUACAUAUUAGACGUCCAUUAGCUAUUUAUCUUCACAAUGAGCAAUCAGUCUGUGCUAAUGUAUUUUGUUCUCAAGUCUUAUCAGCUGAUUCAAUUGUUGAAUACUUAGCAAAUAAUUAUGUUCUUUGGGCUUGGGAUAUUACAAAUGAUGGAAAUCGAAAACGAUUAUUUGAAACACUUCGACGAUGUAUUGGUAAUCAAUGUGCUCAACGUGUAGGUGCAAUGGAAUCUGAUUCAUUUCCAUUAUUACUUAUUCUUAUACGUUCUCGUGGUUCAUUAGAAUUAAUAAAUGUAAUUGAAGGAAAAAGUACACCAAGUGAAGUUUUACUCAAUCUUAUUCAAUCACAUGAAUCAUUUGAAGAACAACGAUUACGUGAAGUUGAUGGAGAAGUUAUGCGUGAAAAACGUGAAAAUCUUAAAAGACAACAAGAAGAUGAAUAUGAACAAUCACUUCAAGCUGAUUUAGCUAAAGAACGUGCACGACAAGAAGAACAAAAUGCUAAUGAACGUUUAAAACAACAAAGAUUACAACAAAAAGAAGAAUCUAGAGCGCGUCUACCAGAAGAACCAAGUGAAACAGAAAAAAAUAUUACUCAAUUAAAAAUUCGAUUACCUAAUGAUGAAGGUGUACUUAAGAGACGGUUUCGUAUUAAUGAUACUCUUCAAAUGUUAUUCGAUUAUCUCACAAUUGAAGGGCGUAUGCUUGGUGAAUACAAACUUUUGACAACUUAUCCUAAACGAGAUCUAACAUUACUUAAUCAAUCAGACACAUUUGAACAAUUAAAAUUAUAUCCACAAGAACAACUUAUUCUCGAAUCUUUGUAG